CGUCUGCGUCGGCGCAUGCGAGCUCCUCUGCACCAUUUUCCUACAUCUACGCGCGCGCAAGCCUUACCCAAUCACGCGGGCGCUCCUCGAGGACCCCGCCUGGGCUGCCUCGAGCAAUCGCCUGCGUCGCAGCUCCAACCUUCCGCCGGGGAGGACCCCCCUCCUCCUCCUUCCCCGGUCCGUCCGGCGCGCUGCCUGCAAAAACAACAAGCCUCCCUCCCUCACACGGCGCAGGUUCUCCUCGGCCCGGUCGGUGGGGCCGCCGCCUCCGCCGCCGUCCGGUGGGGCCAAGGCCGGGCAGCAGGGGCCUGGGGUGGCCAGUCGGCCGGGCGUCGGGCGGAAGAGGCGAUGGACCAGUGCGUGACGGUGGAGCGCGAGCUGGAGAAGGUGCUGCAGAAGUUCUCGGGCUACGGGCAGCUGUGCGAGCGGAGCCUGGAGGAGCUGAUCCAGUACGUGGCGGGGCUGCGCCGGGAGAUCCUCCAGAGCGAGAAUCAAGAUGGAGAUCUAUCGGGGACGAUAUCACUUGUUAUGACCCAGUGCUGCAAGCGAAUAAAGGACACUGUUCAGAAAUUGGCCUCAGAUCAUAAAGACAUUCACAGUAGUGUUUCCCGUGUUGGGAAAGCUAUUGACAAGAAUUUUGACUCUGACAUCAGCAGCGUGGGAAUAGAUGGAUGCUGGCAGGCUGAUAGCCAGCGGAUUCUGAAUGAGGUGAUGGUAGAACACUUUUUCCGGCAAGGAAUGCUAGAUGUAGCUGAGGAACUUUGCCAGGAGUCCGGACUUUCGAUAGACCAAAGUCAAAAGCAGCCGUUUGUGGAGCUCAACCGAAUAUUGGAAGCACUUAAAGUUAGAGUUUUGAGACCUGCGUUAGAGUGGGCUGUAUCAAACAGAGAAAUGCUUAUGGCACAGAACAGCUCUUUAGAAUUUAAGCUACACAGAUUAUAUUUUAUUAGUUUAUUAAUGGGCGGAACUACAAACCAGAGAGAAGCACUGCAAUACGCUAAAAACUUUCAGCCAUUUGCUCUAAACCAUCAGAAAGAUAUUCAAGUUUUGAUGGGAAGCUUAGUGUACCUGAGGCAAGGAAUCGAAAAUUCUCCGUACGUCCAUUUGUUGGAUGCCAAUCAGUGGGCGGACAUCUGCGACAUCUUUACAAGGGAUGCCUGCGCUCUGCUGGGACUCUCGGUUGAAUCGCCUCUUAGCGUUAGGUAUGGCUGCUUUCAUGCCAGACAUAUUUUAAAGAUUUGGCUAUCUAAACCUCACCUAGUCGUUGGCAUCUUAGGAAUACAGAUUUGCCUAAAGUCCUUCCAUGGAGAUAGAACUGGAAAUAUACUUAAACAUAAUGUGGCGUCUGGAAAUGGUUUGUUCCAGCAGUGAUUCACAGUGUGGUGC